GACUAUAAUAUUUAACGGUGCUGAUCGCAAAGGUUGAAUACGUUAAUAGAGCUCAAAGGACCUUAACAGCAUGCGCACCUGAUUUACGCGGAAUCUUUUUUACUCUUCGUCGUUGCCGUCGAUUUUAAUAUCUACAUAGCCUUUGACAUUCAGUCACUUAUAGAAUUUGCGAUUCUUCGGAGGGGGGAAAAAUAUCUCGCCCAGACGCGUUUUCAUUCGUUCGUUUUGCACGCUAAUUGCAGCGAGACGAUUGAUCUCGAGUGCGGCCCGGCGAGGUAACGGUCGUUCCCACGAAGCAGGGAAUCGAGGCGGGGAAAAACGGCGUGUCUGGUGGGGAAUACCAGCCGUGAAGCGUGUUGUGCUUAACGGCACUAUUAGAAUAGUAGACUAGUUAGAGCUUUAAUUAUCUGCUAAUUGGGUCCCGGAAAAUCGGCGGAAAAUCGGGGAAUUCUGGAAGGGAUUUUAAGCAGCCAUGGGGAAGCAAAACAGCAAGCUAAAGCCUGAGGUGCUGGAGGACCUCAAACAGAAUACCGAAUUCUCAGAUGCGGAGAUCCAGGAAUGGUACAAAGGCUUCUUAAAGGAUUGUCCCAGCGGGCACCUCAGCGUGGAGGAGUUUAAGAAGAUAUACGGGAAUUUCUUCCCUUACGGCGACGCGUCGAAGUUCGCGGAGCAUGUAUUCAGGACGUUCGACGCGAACGGCGACGGCACGAUCGAUUUUCGGGAAUUUCUCUGCGCUCUCAGCGUGACGUCCCGCGGCAAGUUGGAGCAGAAGUUAAAGUGGGCCUUCAGCAUGUACGAUCUGGAUGGCAACGGUUACAUCUCGCGACAAGAAAUGCUGGAAAUCGUGACGGCGAUCUACAAGAUGGUGGGCUCCGUGAUGAAAAUGCCGGAGGACGAGUCGACACCGGAAAAACGAACUGAUAAAAUAUUCCGACAGAUGGAUAAGAACAAGGACGGCAAGCUAUCGCUUGACGAGUUUAUAGAGGGUGCGAAGAGCGACCCGUCUAUCGUGCGACUGUUGCAGUGCGAUCCUAGUGCACAAGCUCAGUGAGGCCCUGGGCCAAUACAGACAAGUAUCGAUAUGCCAUCUGCAUACCCGAAUCGGUGCCCGGCCCAAUUAGUAUCCCAAACAGAAGCGACGCGAUCGUAGAGAGCUUGUUCAACCGAAUUCGGUGUGGUCCAUCGAGAAAGCUACCGAAACAUUAUCUUCGCACGUCCGGUCGUUUUAAAUUUUAUAGUUUUAAGAAGGAUCACAUACGGAAAUAAUUUCGUCCCACUAGCAUUUUCUUUAUUUGAAGACCCAGGGAUAUUAAUGCACGAAAUACGAUUGUUAGAUGACUAUAUAGUUACGUGUGUUAUAAUUUAUAAUUGGCAAUACAUUUAGUACAAAAAAAGUAGAAAUUCGAAUAUUAUAUGUUAAAGAGAGAGAGAGAGAGAGAAAAAAAAUGAAAAAUUUUUUAUGUUAUUAAUCUUAAUUUUAAUUUUCCAAUGUUGAUGUUAUAAAAUGUGUUAUUCGUCACUUGAAGAUAUCGCUCCGGCAGUUUCUCUUGGAUAUUCUACGAUCGCGUGGGCUUAUGCGCGAACGCAGAUGUAUAAGGGCUUCUUUAAAUUGGGCCGGUACCCGAGAGGUCCAGGGUCACUGGGCCCAUGGCGCUUGCGCAUACCGCAAGCUAGUCGACAAGACUAGUCCAGUCGCUCCGUUUCAUUGACGGAUCGGUUUAGCGAGAAGCUUGUUACGCCUUUUCGGGUCGUAUUAAAAAAAAAAAAAAAAGAAAAAGCGCAAAGCGCGCGCGCCGCGCCCGAGCGACGAACGCCAUCUGCGAAAGAGAGAGGACGUGUCGAUGCCACCGACGCAUCUCGGCAAACUGAGUAGCUCGGACAACACGGCCGAUUCGAGAUGUCGCGAGACGAUUAGCGAAAUUCUAAAAAAUUCUGUGUUCGUAACACCCGUAAUUUUUCGGUGGCACGCGCGUGCAGAACGAGAACUUCGACGAGUGACGACCAGUUCCGUACGACCCUCUCACUCUUUCUCUCUUUCUCUCUCUCUCUCUCUGUCUCUCUCUAUCUCUCUCUUUCUUUCUUUCUCUUUCUCUUUCCCCUCUUUUUUUCGGACAGUGGGAGCGUGCGGAUCGAAAUGUCACGCGUCACAGCGAAUCCUUGUACAUACUAGAUCGUAUCACGGCAUCGACGUAUCCUCGGACUGUCGAUUUCAACGUAUGGAGGCUCGUACGGUUUCGCUCUUCGGUCGUGCGCCGUAGCCGUCGUCGUUCUCGCGCAUCGCCUCGUCCCGCGCGUCUCGGUAUCCGAUACCCGGCCCGGACGGGGAGAUGCCCCGUGUCCCUUUGGAGGAGACCACGCGGUAUCCUCAUCUCACCCGCCCUCACGGACCCCGAAUGUCUCACACUCUCGGCCCACCCAUCAAACGGACUGAUCCAUUUAACAGAAAAGACUCACAGGAGACUAACGGUCGCGUGGCGUGGCGCGUUCCACGCCGCGCGCUAGCAACGAAAACUUAGUGAUUUAGAGAUCCGCGAGAUUUAGGCAAAGGUCACUGCGAAAUCGCGAUCGCGCGCUGGCGACACGCGGCUUUUUGCUAGUUAAACGCGCUUAGAGACCGAUCUAGAGCUUGAUCUUAUGUAGUUGGAAGAGAAGAUACGGCUGCGUGACGCGACGAUAAUCGUCACAACCAACACGGAUUGCGUUGCUCUCUCGUCGAAGAUGCUGCGAAAGAAAAAAAAAA